AUGAAACUACUGUACAAACUGACACCUAUUGCAUUCAUGUACCCACCAGUCUCCACACCCCAUGCAUGUACCCACCAGUUCCCACACCCCAUGCAUGUACCCACCAGUCCCCACACCCCAUGCAUGUACCCACCAGUCCCCACACCCCAUGCAUAUACCCACCAGUCCCCACACCCCAUGCAUAUACCCACCAGUUCCCACACCCCAUGCAUGUACCCACCAGUUCCCACACCCCAUGCAUGUACCCACCAGUCCCCACACCCCAUGCAUAUACCCACCAGUCCCCACACCCCAUGCAUGUACCCACCAGUCCCCACACCCCAUGCAUAUACCCAUGCAUGUACCCACCAGUCCCCACACCCCAUGCAUAUACCCACCAGUCCCCACACCCCAUGCCCACACCCCAUGCAUGUACCCACCAGUUGCAUGUACCCACACCCACCCCAUGCAUGUACCCACCAGUCCCCACACCCCAUGCAUACCCACCAGUCCCCACACCCCAUGCAUGUACCCACCAGUCCCCACAUGCAUGUACCCAUGCAUGUACCCACCAGUCCCCACACCCCAUGCAUGUACCCACCAGUCCCCACACCCCAUGCAUAUACCCACCAGUCCCCACACCCCAUGCAUGUACCCACCCCACCCCAUGUACCCACCAGUCCCCACACCCCAUGUACCCACCAGUCCCCACACCCCAUGCAUGUACCCACCAGUCCCCACACCCCAUGCAUGUACCCACCAGUCCCCACACCCCAUGCAUAUACCCACCAGUCCCCACACCCCAUGCAUAUACCCACCAGUCCCCACACCCCAUGCAUGUACCCACCAGUUCCCACACCCCAUGCAUGUACCCACCAGUCCCCACACCCCAUGCAUAUACCCACCAGUCCCCACACCCCAUGCAUAUACCCACCAGUCCACCAGUUACCCACACCCCAUGCAUGUACCCACCAGUCCCCACACCCCAUGCAUGUACCCACCAGUCCCCACACCCCAUGCAUGUACCCACCAGUCCCCACACCCCAUGCAUAUACCCACCAGUCCCCACACCCCAUGCAUGUACCCACCAGUCCCCACACCCCAUCCCCACACCCCAUGCAUGUACCCACCAGUCCCCACACCCCAUGCAUAUACCCACCAGUCCCCACACCCCAUGCAUGUACCCACCAGUUCCCCACACCCCAUGCAUGUACCCACCAGUGUCCCACAGUUCCCCAUGCAUGUAUCCACCAGUCCCCACACCCCAUGCAUCCCACCAGUCCCCACACCCAUGCAUGUACCCACCAGUCCCCACACCCCAUGCAUGUACCCACCAGUUCCCACAUGCAUGUACCCACCAGUUCCCACACCCCAUGCAUGUACCCACCAGUCCCCACACCCAUAUACCCACCAGUCCCCACACCCCAUGCAUGUACCCACCAGUCCCCACACCCCAUGCAUGUACCCACCAGUCCCCACACCCCAUGCAUGUACCCACCAGUCCCCACACCCCAUGCAUGUACCCACCAGUCCCCACACCCCAUGCAUGUACCCACCAGUCCCCACACCCCAUGCAUGUACCCACCAGUCCCCACACCCCUUGCGCACACUUGGGUCUUCUGA